CACGUGUAUUAUUCCAAGGCACGAUACGCCCUUACCUCGUCCAUUCAUCCUGCCAUCACAAUCUUUCGUUGUCAACAAACGAAAGCCUAUUUCGUCCUGCACCGGGCCGAGGUCAAACAUUACACCAGCGAAACCUCGCGUCAUACCGGAGCGUGCGGCUGAAACCCCCUUUUUCUCUGCUCAUCAGUCGCCUUGGGCCCCCCGAGCCUGACUGGCACUUCCACGGCCUAAAACACGCAUCCUCGUGCACCAUCCCACCAGCCCUGCCUCUCUUCCCUACCUACCUACCUAAGUAGCGUGCCGACUGUCGCCUGACCUUGAGUCGUGGUCCCCUGUCUUGCCUGCCCUUUUUUCCCUUUUUUUUCCCGGGUUGCCUGCACGUUGGUAGCCAGCUACCUACCGAACCCCUACUGCGGCUCUCCCCUCUCUCUUCAGCCCACAGUAACCCCCCCACCACCUCAGCAACUUCAUAAGUCCAGGAGCCGCGCCAUUCGAGUCGUCUCCGAAGAACGAUUUCCUGAUUUCCCUUUGGAUUUGAUCGCCCUCCACUCGCAUCGCAGUUACAAUGGCGUACAACAGACCCUACAACCCCGACGAGCUCCCAAGGUUCGCGGAACCCGAGCAGAAGGGCGGCGUUGCCCCGAAGCCUUCACAACCGCCUGCUUCUCAACCUCGUUACGAGAGCAAGCCCCCCCCGCCAGUCCCGCGCGACGAUUAUCACCGUCCUGAUCCCCGGAACGACCACCGCCGGCCGAGCCCCAACGCCAUGUACGGCGUCAGCUCUCCUCCUCCGACAGGCGGCCCGCGUCCUACUGCCCAACAUCGACCCCCACCCAACUCGAGACCGCCCCCGUCUCCUGCCCCUGAUGCCUCUGCCGAUGGCGCUGACCCGACUCUCCUACCCCUCUUUCGAGCCGUCGAUAAGGAUGGUACCGGCCAGCUUUCUGAACGCGAACUAUCCACCGCCCUCGUCAACGGCGACUGGACCGCUUUCGACCCGCAAACGGUGCGCAUGAUGAUCCGCAUGUUCGACUCCGACCGCAGCGGCACCAUCGGUUUCGCUGAGUUCUGCGGGCUUUGGUCCUUCCUCGCCUCGUGGCGCACCCUCUUUGACCGUUUCGACGCCGACCGCUCCGGCAAUAUCUCGCUCCCCGAGUUCAGCAACGCACUCAUCGCCUUCCGCUACCGCCUGAGCCCCGGCUUCGUCGAGCUCCUCUUCCGGACGUACGACAAGCGCGGUGAGGGCGUCAUGUCCUUCGACCUCUUCGUUCAGGCUUGCAUUUCACUCAAACGCAUGACGGACGUGUUCAAGAAGUACGACGACGACAGGGAUGGUUACAUCACAUUGAGCUUCGAGGACUUCCUGACGGAGAUUCUCAAGCAGCUCAAGUAGGCUUAUGCGAGGAAGUGGACUGAAGCACGACGAAGAUGUGGUUGUGCGGUGGGUUUCACAAGAGUGCGGGAGAUGGGCCCGAAAUAAGACAGCAUACUCGGAUAUGGCCGUCUCUAUGACGAGAGGUAUGCUUCGUUUUGCAUGGGAGGUUUAGAUACCCCGGGUAGAUGGGUGCAGGUAAUGGAGGGAGGAUCUUUGGUAUUGAGGAAUGGCACCCUUUGCACGAUGGGUUGUCGGUCUCAUGGUAUCUGAGUCGUAUGAUACGGAAUAUCAUCUGGAAAAGAGCAAAACUUGCAAAUUCCACAACUCCACUCCGACUUGAAUGGGCUUGAAGCCUAACGUCAGGGCUUAUAUUCAUGAUGAUGGUGGUGGAUGGUGUGUAUAGCUCCUGGAUUCUACCGGUUCAGUUUGUUUCUACGUCCGUUGAUAGCCAGGAAUUAGGGGCAAAGGAGCGAUACAGAUCAUGGGGCAAAACCAUCCGUGUCCAGCCUCUCAGUCUGUGCCCUCUCAUGUGUCUCAGACCAUGAAAAGACUCAAAAGACGAGGCCAGCGAUGAAGGGCAACUGUCUUGCUAUGGCUCACAUCUUGCAUGGCUAAAGACAAUGUCAUGCCAGGACCUACUGGACUUGAUUAGGCUAGCGGUGCUUGAGGUGUAUGGCUGCGUCACAAUCUCUUGUUUUAACAGUGGUUGCUAUGCUGGUUGCUAUGCAUUUACUCUGCGUCGGCAGCUUCCAGUGUGCAUGUGUACCCUACCAUGCAUAGCGAAAGGAGGACAAGGCAGGCAUUAAGCUGGUUAACAAGAACUCAGGAGAGAAGUGUCCACGCGGCCUUAACCCCAUCAACUUGAC